AUGGCGUUAGGAUGCUACCAUUUCCUUUUUAGUCUUCCCACUCAAAACCUAGAAUGGAUACUUCUUGUUAAAAAAUCUGUGAUAAUGAUUUUUCAGGCAACACUUGGGGGAAAGAUGAAAGGAAGAAGCGUUCAGUAUCAUUCGAAUAUAUCGAAAGACGAAGGAAGGGUAUUUUAUGAAAAGUUUAUCACCCUUUGUGAGGAAACAGUCCAAGCUAACUCGACAAAUCUACCGGACUCCCCUCCGAAAAAAGUGAAGCACGGCACGUAUGGAAACAGACAAGUGCUGAGUGUGGAAACAAACGGGCCAUUUACACACGUGUUUGACUUUUAGGACAUCUUUUACGACAGUGUAGUUACGACCUCAACAUUUUGCGAGACUGGGUGUUUACGUUGAAGAGGAGCAAUUGAUGAACUGAUUGUCUCUCUCUGUUUUCUUUUACGACACGAUCGUGGUCAUAAGCUUGCGAAAAAUGCGGAACGACAAGAGAGGAUCCCCUAUUUAAGACCAAGAAGGGAAAUUGAAUUAUGAAUUCCCAACUGCGAGUCAAAGUAUGAAACUUGUAAAAUCUGAGUGUGUAUACAUUUUACAAAUUUAGCGAAUUAGUGUCAAACCCUGAGUGCACAGGUCUACCAAUCAAGCCACUACGUCCCCUUACGUUGCUAAGUGCAGUCAAAUAAGAAACUUAAAUCUUGAAUUCAAGUACACUGUUACUAUUUUUAUGUAUAAACUUAGUUCGCUAUAUUCAUUAUCC